CCACAACACAGUACAGUACACACUAGUCCUCUGGUAGUGGCAGCAGCCAACAACACAAGUGUUCAGCCUCUCCGCGUUGCUUCAGUGUCUGCUCUGUACAAACUAGCCAUUUAUCAUCAAUCAUGGCCGCCGGAGUACAAAUUUAACUCCCGUCUUUCCUCCCUGUCGUCCGGAGGGGAGGAUUUUGGUUUGAGGAGACAAAAUAUUGGUCCCACACUGAUUUGGAUUUCCUCUCGGAAUUACAAUACAUCUCGCAAGGGAAAUACCAUUCAUGUCAAUACUCCAAAAUGCAGCCGCCGCCGAGGAAGGUCAAAGUGACACAGGAGCUGAAAAACACACACACAGAGCAGAUGACAAGACUGCACUUUAAACACCAGACUGAAUGUGACCUGCUGGAAGACAUGAGGAGCUACAGUCUGAAGAAGGGACAGCUGGAGAGGGACUAUGCACAGGCUCUGCAAAAGUUAGCGAGCCAGUACCUGAAGAGAGACUGGCCUGGAAUCAACCCUGAUGACCAGAGGACAGACUACAGGAAUGUGUAUGCUGUGUGGAGGUCCUAUUUAGAAGGCACAGUGCAGGUGAGCCAGUCCAGGCUCAACGUGUGUGACAACUACAAAAGUCAAGUAUCAGAGCCCGCUAAGACUGUUCGACUCUACAAGGAGCAGCAACUCAAAAAGACCAUAGAUCAGCUGAGUGGCAUACAAGCAGAGCUGCAGGAGUCAGUGAAGGAGUUGGCCAAAGCCAAGAAAAAAUACUACGACUGUGAGCAGGUUGCCCACGCAGUGCGAGAGAAGGCUGACAUCGAGGCCAAGUCCAAACUGGGUCUUUUUCAGUCAAGAAUUAGUUUACAGAAAGCAAGUGUAAAGUUGAAAGCUAAAAGAAGUGAUUGUAACUCCAAAGCGACACAGGCCAGGAACGACUAUCUGCUAACGCUAGCUGCUGCCAACGCUCACCAUGACCGCUACUACCAUACAGAUCUACUGCACUGCAUACAGGCCUUGGAUGGCAGGAUCUAUGAGCAUGUGAAAGACUACCUGGUAGAGCUGAGUCGUACAGAGCUUGAGGCCUCCCAAGCCACACACAACACCUUCCAGUUUCUGCUGGACAAAUCUACCAGGAUAAUACAAGAGUACAACCAGCAGUUGUUCAUGCAGGAGAACCCAGUGUUUCACAAAGCACACGACUUCCAGUUCCAGCCCAGUGAAUGUGACACGACUCUGAGCUCGGUGCAGCAGUUGGUGGACAUUGAGCCGUCGCCCGUCAGUGCCAUGAGAAUGACCCUGGCACAGAGUCGUCAGCUGGAGUCGGAGACGGGGACGACGGAGGAGCACAGUCUGAACAAGGAGGCCAGAAAAUGGGCAACCAGAGUGGCCAGAGAACACAAGAACAUCAUACAUUACAAGAGAUGUCUGGAGGAGUGUGAGAGCCACGGCCUUCCCCCCACAGAGCAGGGGAGACUAGAUCUUGAGUUGAAGAUAGAGGACACCAAAGAAAACAUUCGUAAAGCUGAGACAAUAAAGUUAAAAGCGGAGGCUCGGUUGGACCUUCUGCGGCAAGUUGGGGUUGCUGUGGAUACCUGGCUAAAGAGCGCCAUGAACCAGGUGAUGGAGGAGCUGGAGAAUGAACGUUGGGCCAGCUACACUUCCCACGAUCCCUCACUGUCGGGCACAGUGGACUUGGAGCGUGAGGAGGGAGAGGAGUGUGAAGAGAACAUGGAGGUUUUUGACGACAGCAGCUCCAGUCCUUCGGGAACCCUCCGAAACUACCCGCUAACCUGCAAAGUCCUGUACUCAUACAAGGCCUCUCAGCCAGAUGAGUUAACUAUUGAUGAGCAGGAGAUGUUGGAGGUCAUUGAGGAUGGAGACAUGGAGGACUGGGUCAAGGCUCGCAAUAAGACAGGUCACGUGGGCUAUGUCCCAGAGAAAUACCUGCAGUUCCCGACCUCCAACAGUUUGCUGAGCAUGCUUCAGUCUCUGGCUACACUUGAUGCUCGAUCACACACCUCGUCCAACUCCACCGAGCCUGAGCUGCACUCCAGCUGCAUCAAUGGAGACACAAACAUGAUGUAUGUCCGUGCACUUUACGAUUAUGAAGGCCAGGCGGACGAGGAACUCUCCUUUUCCGAGGGAGCCGUGAUCCGCCUGCUGAGCCGCGACACUCAGACAGACGAUGGCUUCUGGGAGGGGGAGCUCAACGGACGAGUGGGCGUCUUCCCGUCCGUGCUCGUCGAAGAUCUCACUGAGAAUGGGGAGACCAGUGGAGGAGGGCUGGGUGACAUACAGAUUUCUCCGUCUCUGAAGCUGCCAUGCUCUCUGCCACCUCUCCCGCUGUAUGACCAACCUCCCAUCAGCCCUUUCACCAGCCCCGAGACCUCCACCCCACCUCCUCUUCCACGCUCUCCCUCCACCGCACUCAACGGGGAGCACAAGCCUCCACCGCCCUCCUCGUCACACAAGGGACCGCUACCCACCCACAAUCAAAGCUCUGGCAAGAGUCCAGUUUCUCCAGGAUUUUCUCAGCCGCUGCGAUUCACCCCUGAAGGAGGCCCAAACAAACUACGACCUGUGCGCGCUGCUCCUCCUCCUCCGAAACAGCACUCCCGCCGACCGCAGGAGAAGAGCGACAAGACAGAGGAGGUGGAGAUCACACUGGUGUGACAGACAGACAAGCUGGCAGGCAGUUAUAGAGACAGAAAAAAUAAAAACAGAUGACAGACAGACACGUCUUAUAGGCUGGGGAACUGAACUGCUCUGAACUGAGGUCAGCUUAAACAAAGUGAGGUGAUGUAAACCGAACUGAACCACGUCCGACGCCCUCCCGGCCUCUCCACAUCUUUUCUCAUCCUGAAGUUGCGGAGGAGAGCAAAGAGAGGGAAUGAAGGCAGAGUAUCCAAUUAAGUAAUCUCCGUAUUAGCUUCCUAAUGAAGUGCAGCAGUAGCCGCCCACACGUCCCCCUCCGCCUUCCCCCGUCCUUCCAUUCUUGCCUUAAAACUUUACCUCAUUGGGCAGCAAACCAGAGCACACUGAAGAGGAGGAAGAGAAGGAAGAAUGUCUAGAGAGGGGGGGUGUGAGGGAAAGUUAAUGAUGAGUUUGGCAAGUUUUCUUUUAUCUUGUUACACUUACUUCAAGAUAUCGUCAAGUGGUUAAUCUCUCUAAACAGGAGGAUCAUUCUGCAGUGAGAAAUUUCCCUUUUUUCCGUCACUUGAUAACAAAUAAUUAUGAAACAUGAAAAGUUAUGGGGCCCUGAAAUUGAAAACGUAUAGGAGAGGGUUAAAGGACAAGUACAAAAAACGACUGAAUGCAUAACAAUACUAGUAGUUCAAAAAAUGCAAAUGGAUUGUAAAAAGAAAUGCGCUGCAUUAUAUAUAUAUAAUAAUUUCUUAUUUUCCCCAAUUAACAUUUGCCUCUCCUCAAACUUUUUUCCCCCCGUAAAACAUGUGAGAAUUAGGAAAAUUGCGAGGAGGAAAGGGGACUGUGUAUCUAACUCGCUUAACUGGCAACACUGGUACCUAAACACUCUGAUCAUCAGACUUUUCAUCUAGCUGCCGAAUUGAAGCGAACUAUCUUCAUAAAUGUGCACUUCUAUCUGUGAUCUUCUAUAUAAUGCACUGCAUAUUGCUGUAGCAUCACUGGAUGGAGCUAGUUAGAGCUUGCCGCUAAAGUUCAAGAUUUAUCGCCUCUUUUGUCCUAAAAAAAAGACAAGUGAAAUGCACUUAAAGAUUAAAAUAUUAUGAAGAUACAGGCAUAACGCUGAAGUUUGUGAACUUCUAGUUAGCAUAGUGGCCUAGCAAGUAGCUUAUUGGCUUAAAUCAGGUGUCCAGAAAGCGUGCUGGGCUUUGAAGUCAAUUUUCAUUGUGCCCAAAAUAUAGAAUUACAUUUUUACCAGGUCCAUCAUGUGAUGCCAUUCAGCCCAAAAAGACUUUUUGCUCAUAGACUUACAUUGUGAGACAGAUCCCUGUAUAUAAGUGUGUCGUUCCCCCCCCCCCCCUACCCUCGUUCAAGUUAGCCAAGGGCUGAACAGGAAGUAGCUGCUCAGCUCCUGAAAGUGCGUCUGCUCUAUGAGCUCAGCGAUGCCUACUAAGCUUGGGGUCAUUUUAGAAGUCAAAAUUUUUUGAUUUCAUGUGCCACUAACCAACUUUCAUCGAAAAUGAACGGAGCCCGGCCUGUAAGGCUGUAUCCACUUCUCUUAAUGCAUCUGUGACUAAAUUGCUUUAGCCACUUUUACGAGAGUUUAUUCUCUAAAACUACAGCAGUGUGCAGUGCAGUAUGUAGCUGAUAAACAUUAGUUGCAGUAGCUGGUUAUGACUAAAGUUAGCUUCAACUUGAUAGUUAAAAAAAAAAGGCUUGUGCUCAAUGUGUUGUUCAGGUAAGCUAGCUAGCUUAGCCACACAGUCCAGUAAAAAAAUAGGGAAUAGACAAAUGAGUAAAUGUGUGCCAAGACUAAAAAAAUGAAAAACAAAAUAAGCUGGUGAAAGAUAAAUAGUAAAUAUGAGUAAAAUAAAAUGUGUAGUUGACUUAUUUGACACCUUUUACUAUAAUUUGAGUCUCCAUUAAGAAGUAGGCCUGAUUAGAGCCAGUAAGUGUUUAACUUGCCAAACGUGUCAUGAUUUGGAUGGCAGUUGGGGUUGAAGUAAAUGGACAGAGAAACUGGGUGGUGUGUGGACGCAGUGUCCCCCCUUCACCAGCCCUUCCCUCGCCAUAUAUAGUCCUUAUCAUCAUACGUAUUCAAUGUGUAUUAGUACAGUACAUUACUGUUGUCAUAGGAAUGUUAUGCACAGCGUUUCAUAUAGACUAACUCAGCUGAUUGGAAUACCAUGUCUGAUAUGUAGUGGAAGUUUUAUUCUCAUCUUAUACUGAAAGGGCAUUGUAAAUACAGUAUGAAGGAGAGGUGAAAGAAGAGGUGGGAAGGAUGAAAGAACAAGAGAGAAAAAGGAGGCUGGAUCCUCCUCUCUGCUCUUUUCUCCGCUUCUCUUCCCACCCUUCCUUUCUCUCUCUCUCUCUCUCCCUCUUUCUCUAAUGUCUGUUCUGUCCAUUGGCAGUCAGUGUGAAUCGAUGGCUAUCAUAUACACACAUACUUUAUAUUACGCACUCAUUGCUAUAUCUUCUCUCAUUCUGUGAGCCUCUGUGUGCUUGUAUCACAGGAGGAGGCCGGUGGUGCUUUCAAAGGCACUGACGUUGUUAGUAUUCACUAUGUGGUGACGAAGAAAAGUUUUAUUUGAGAUGACAAUGAUCAUAUUUGAGGUCAGGAGUUUUUAUUAAUCACAGAACGGACUGUAUAGAAUUUACAGAUCACAUCUCCUCUCACAUUGAUUUUGUCUAUUUAUAGCAUUGAUCAGUUCACCUACAACAUACAAUAUAUCCUUUUUUACUUGCAUUACACAUUACAUUUAAGCCAAGCAACUCCAUCACAUCACCAAGUGAGUGUUUUUUUUUUUAAUACAACAGAGGAAACAUCCAUAAAAAUAAAUCAACCUUUUACAUAUCCAGUUUGAUAUCAUCCCUCCGUUUUCCUUUAGUUAAUGGAAACAAAAGAGAUGUAUGAAUAAAAAUACAUCACACUAAAUGGACAGAACUAGCAAAUGACAUUCAAAUUAAGCUAAGUACAAUUCUUUUGUGUUUUUUUUUACUGAAAGUAACUAAAUCUUACCCCCUUAAAUACCCUUCAAGCCUUUAAAACUCCUUGCCGAAAGGGCAACGUAGCACUUUUAUUUAUUUGUACCUUCCCUGGAAAGUAGCAGUACCUUAACAUAGCAUCAGAAUGGAUAGAAAGUUAUUCUUUUCAUUCUGAGUCUAUGGUGAACCCUCUUUAUUUCAGUGUGACUGAUGUUUUUUUUUUUUUUUAUUGUUAUUCACCACUCUUCCAAAGAGAUGGAGAGAUAAAUGUGGACAGUGUAAUUUGAUGUUUUUUAUAAACACUUAUGAAGCAAAAUCAAAAAACAUGACUUAAGUAAGUGAUGUUUUGAAUGAAAAUUUGAAGACAAUGCAGUCUUAUGACAUGGGCCUGGCCUGUUUGCAUGUGUGACUGUUUAAAGGAGAGACGAUCAGAUGUAAAAGAUGUGUCCCAGUUCCUUCCUCCAUAUUUAUUCUGACCAUGCAGUUGUUUCCAGCUGUGAGGAGCUCCUUUAUCUUAUUUGUUACUUUUACGAGCAAUAUUGUCCAUCAGCACAACACUCGACGGUUAGACAAAUUCAAAAUCUUUGAGGGUACUUUGCUUUGAAAUGUACGCAGUAUGAAGGCUCUAUGAAAUCAAACAACAAAAAUGAAAGUAUUCAUCGUAUUCAUCAAUGUUGCUUUCUCUUUGUGAAGAACAUAAUACAUCAUGCUCCAAAGCUGCAGUAUCAUUUCCUGUGGGUACGCCACUGUUAAGUUUCUUAAUUUCUUGUAAGAGCAAAAAGAAGAGCAAACAUUUCUAGAAAGUGCAUACUGUUUAUGUUGGUGAAGAUUCUCAGUCAGCCUGGUGAGGGUAAUUUUAAGAGCUAUAUUGUAGGCAACUGGACUUCUUGAAGGUGUUUCACCUUUCAUCCGAGAUGCUUCUGUUUUACCAGACUAAUCGGGAGUUGCCUGUAAACUUUGUAUGGGUGUGAACACUUAUAGAGAGGUCACGUGUGAGCUCUCAGUUUCAGACACAUUUGGGUUACGUGUUUGUUAUUGACCGUUUUGAGGAAAAACACCUGCACACUACUCUCUGUGCCAAACAAGCUUAAUGAAGACAGCGUUGUGAUCCUACUUGGAUUUUUUUCAGCAGAAAAAAAAGAACCUGACAAAAAUUAAAAGAUUUUUUUUUGACCUGAUUAAGAUCCGAGUAGGAUUGAAACGUUGGCUUCACUAAACUUGUGUGGCAUGGAGUCAGUGUGCUGUAUGGUGUUUUUUGAUAUGCACCUACGUAAUGUGUAUAUAAUUGCUCUCUUUCAUCUUGUUAACCAAUCUAGCCAUCAUUUUAGGGUUAGAUGGAUCCAGGUGUGAAUGGGCGUUAGGCUGUCUGGGGUGGAUUAUAAGUGGGUGCAAGCGAUGGUGCCAUGGAUCCAUCAAACUCUAAAGACCCACAUGUGAUCCUAACGAGUCUGAAACUAAGAGCUUAAGAGACCUCAACAACUCUGUGGUUGUGGUCUGAGGUUUCACACCUACACAGGGUUUAAAGCCAGUUGAUCAGAACUGAAGAGGCCUUUCACAUGAGAGGUUAAAUGUCUUCAAAAUACCUCAGUGUGUACAACAUAGCUCUCAGAAUUACAUAGUGUUUAGCAUGAAUAUGCAGUUUGGAGUCGGGGCACAGCUUCAAACCUUUUGUAAGCAGGAAACAAUCUGGUCUGGACUCAAAUUCAUUGAUUUCCUCUUUGAUAAAGGUGAGUCAUGUCAGACUGAGAAAAGUAAUGCAAGAAUUAAAGACAGUACUAAAAAAUACAUAUGUUUUUUGCAUCAGCUUUUAGAGGCAACAUUUUGUGAAGCAUCCACACUGAACAAAGUGAGACAUACUGGAGGCAGUUGCAGUUUCAGAUCCAAACCUCUGCUCCCCUGCCAUUGUAGGAGCUGGAAUCGACUUGUGACAGUAUGUUUAAAGCGACUCGAGCGGCAGCAGCCUCUCCCUCGUCUCUCUGAGCUCUCAUUUAAAAUGGUUUUUCAAACUUGUCUUGAAGUUUAUGGUUUCCAGCAGAACUUCCCACCAUAAAUGCUCAAUCAGUCUUCAUAUCAAAUAUAAAUUGUAUGACUUUUUGUUGCCAGCUGCCACUUUGAUCAGGAUCAUUUUCCCUUUUUUACAGUCCCUCUGGUCCGCUACAGUGUUGAAUUAUUUGGAAUGAGCCUGUUUUCGGUUUUUAUGUAUUAUAUAAUUCUUUUAUUUUUCAUCCUUCAAUUUGGAGCAGCUUCACAGCUGCUGUUAUUAAUGAUGUGUUGGAACAACUGGCCUUCUCUCUUUUCACGGACUGUUGCCAUGGUGACAUAAUGAGAACAGGUGCAAAAGUCCUUCUGCAUAUUAUUAUUAUUGGCUGUACAAAAAAA